CCCCACCAAAAAAGUUACACCCUUAACGAUCCGCCAACUGGUACAGCUCAUCUUCGCCGCAAUCCACCGCGACUCCCCCUCGUCGCCUCGUUACUUUUGUCAACAGUAAUCGUGAGAGCUCUCUCAGCGUUCAAUUCGCACCUACAUCCCGUUUCGCGACCUCCCCUAAGCUCUAGUCUCCCCCACCUUCACGAGCUUACGAAGUAAUCGCAUCCCACCAUCUACCACCUACGGCCUUUCGAAUCGCGCGCACCCAGCAUGAGCUACGCCAAGAAGAAGGACGAGGAUGCGGAGCCCGCCAUCUUCAAAGUCGACCGCACAUCUGUCUUUCAAGAGGCCCGAGUCUUCAACACAUCACCGAUCUCUCCCCGCAAAUGCCGAAUCCUCCUGACUAAGAUCGUGUACCUCCGUCACACCGGUGAGAGCUUCCCGAAAGCUGAAGCUACCGAGCUGUUCUUCGGCAUCACCAAAUUGUUCCAGCACCGCGAUGCGAGCUUACGGCAGAUGGUCUACUUGGCAAUCAAGGAGCUGGCGGGCACCGCGGAGGAUGUCAUCAUGGUUACGAGUAGUGUGAUGAAAGACGUUCAAGGUGCUGGUGGACGGGGUAGUGGGGAGCAGGAUAUAUACCGUGCAAAUGCCAUCAGGGCACUUUGCAGGAUUAUCGAUGGCACAACCGUACAAGCUAUUGAGCGACUUCUCAAGACGGCUAUCGUCGACAAAACUCCAUCGGUAUCCUCCGCCGCCCUCGUAUCGUCGUACCACCUCCUCCCCAUCGCCCGCGAUGUCGUCCGCCGAUGGGCAAACGAAACGAACGAGGCUGUCCUGGCCGGUUCAAAGUCUGGGGGAUUUUCCCUCGGCUUCGGUUCAUCCCCAUCUGUGUCCCAGGGUUCGGGAAUGACCCAAUACCACGCGAUCGGACUUCUCUACCAGAUGCGCGCGCACGACCGGAUGGCCUUGGUGAAGAUGGUCCAGCAAUUCUCGACAGGUCAGGUGAAGAACCCUGCGGCAGUUGUCAUGUUGGUUCGGUUAGCCGCGAAGAUCGCCGAGGAUGACCCAGGGUUGAGGAAGGCUAUGUGGGGACUGCUCGACGGGUGGCUGAGGCACAAGGCGGAGAUGGUGAAUUUCGAGGCCGCAAAAGCUAUCUGCGAGAUGAAGGAUGUGACAGAUGCCGAAGUCGCACCUGCCAUUCAUGUUCUGCAACUUUUCCUCACCUCCCCUCGCCCCGUCGCCAAGUUCACCGCGAUCCGUAUCCUUCACAAGUUCGCCUCGAUCCGCCCAUCCGCCGUCAAUGUUUGCAAUAUGGACAUCGAGACCCUCAUCUCCAACUCGAAUCGGUCGAUCGCCACAUUCGCCAUCACAACGCUGCUCAAAACCGGUAAUGAAGCAUCCGUGGAUCGCUUGAUGAAGCAGAUCAGUGGCUUCAUGGCCGACAUCACCGACGAGUUCAAGAUCACUAUCGUUGAGGCUAUCCGCACCCUAUGCAUCAAGUUCCCUAGCAAGCAGGCUGGCAUGCUCACAUUUCUUUCGGGCGUGCUCAGAGACGAAGGUGGCUACGAGUUCAAGAAGACGGUGGUUGAGAGUAUGUUCGACCUCAUAAAGUUCGUUCCGGAGAGCCGAGAGGAGGCGCUUGCACACCUGUGCGAGUUCAUUGAGGACUGCGAAUUUACGAAGCUCGCCGUUCGGGUUCUACAUCUCCUCGGUACCGAAGGCCCCAAGACCGCCCAGCCAACGAAGUACAUCCGCUACAUCUACAAUCGUGUUGUCCUCGAGAACGCCAUUGUUCGUGCAGCCGCCGUUACGGCGCUCGCCAAGUUCGGAGUCUCCGCGAAGGACGGCGCCAAGGUGGAUCCGGAGGUCAAGAGGAGUGUUGUUGUGCUUCUCACCCGAUGCCUUGAUGAUCCCGAUGAUGAGGUCCGUGACCGCGCAGCCCUCAACUUGCGGUUGAUCAAGAACGAGGAACAAGAGGUUGCGGAGAAAUUCAUUAAGAACGAGUCUCUCUACUCCUUGCCAAUCUUCGAGCAUCAGCUCAUCAUGUACGUCACUGGCGAGCAAUCCACUUUCUCGAAGCCCUUCGAUCUCGCCUCUGUUCCGAUCGUCAGCCGGGAACAGGCAUACGCGGAGGAACGGAACCAGAAGCUUUCUGCCGACAUGCCGACACUCAAGGCACCUUCCACGGGCCCAUCACGGCCUGCCGCCGGUGCAUCUGCUGCACCCAAUGCUGGCGCCUCUUCGGUCUUCGCAAACACUCAAAAGUAUGCGGAGCAGCUUGCCCUCGUACCGGAACUCAGCGCGUAUGGAGCUUUGUUGAAAUCUUCCUUGGAGGCGGAACUUACCGAGUCUGAAACCGAAUAUGUUGUUUCCGUGGUUAAGCACAUCUUCAAGGAUAACUUAGUCCUGCAGUUCCACGUCAAGAACACUCUCAGCGAUACUCUUCUGGAAGACAUCUCGAUGAUCACCACGGCAACCGACGAGGAGGAGGAGUCACAGCUGGUAGAGGAUUUCAUCAUCCCUAUCCCUAAACUUGCGCACGAUGAGGUGGGCACGAUCUGGGUCAGCUUUAAGACCUCUUCGGAAGGAUACGCGACGGGCAAUUUCACCAACGUACUUAAGUUUACAAGCAAGGAGAUCGACCCGACAAGCGGAGAGCCGGAAGAGUCUGGCUACGAAGAUGAGUACCAGGUUGAGGAUCUGGAGCUGGUGGCUGCGGAUUACCUGGUUCCUGCGUUUGCCGGAAGCUGGGACGAUGUGUGGGAGCAGGUUGGAGCCGCCGGUGAAGAGGCUACAGAGUCGUAUGCGCUCGGCAAGGAGCUGAAGAGCAUUCAGGAGGCGGUGGAGCUUCUCUGCAAACAGCUAUACAUGCAGCCCCUCGCCGGCAGCGACGUGGCGAUGAACAACACGACACACCAACUGAAGCUUUUUGGCAAGACUGUCGGUGGAGGUCGCGUCGUGGCCCGCAUACAGAUGGCGUACUCGGCCAAGGAUGGCGUCGCAUUGAAGGCGGUCGUCAGAGCGGAGGAGGAGGGGAUCGCGGCGAUGGUGGUCGGCGGCAUCGCGUAAUGUUUGCACUGUCAAUUUUAGAUAUUGUCGGAAAGAUGUGCAUGGUCGAUGGGUGGGCAAGAUGUGUUUAUGUUGUUUGUUCUUUGCUUGCAAGUUUCAAUAUUCCGUUUCUGCUUGUGCGAUUCUGCGAUGAAUACUACGGUGAAGCGUAUCCAUACUGGGAGUCGUGAUUUUGUGAGGCGUGCCACUGGGAUUUAACAUGGGUCCCGAAGGG